AUGAUAGCGCGCGCCACGUCGGACGACGAAGCGGACCCCGAACUUCUGGCUCUCCUGCGCAAGUCCCUCGGACUAGACGGUGGCCCCGCCAAUCCAGCGACUGCGGAGACCAAGGUUCUCGAGAAUGCGCAGUAUGUCUUUGACAAUGCCAUCGAUGUUGCCCUAAGCCCCGCGAAGGUCAAAGAAGCAGCGGAGACAGUCUGGCGAUUGAUGCAGAAGAAGCAGUACUCGACAGAGACAUGGGCCGAGCACGAACUACACCCCAAGGCGAAAGACGGAAGCACGGUUGAUUUCAUCUUCACUAUGGAUCUGUUGAAUUUCAGUUUCUGGUCGGGCGAAACCGAGGAAUCCAAGAGGUUUUGCAUUGAAUAUCGUGGCAGGAGGUGGACUGGCUACUGGAGUCUGGUAGCUGCUCUACAGAGGGCUUUAGAGGAGGGGAUCGAGAUCACCUCGCCUGGAUUUUGGAUCAAGGAGGAUGAGUGUACAGAUACGCUGUUACGGCACGUAUUUCGGUCAGCAACCGAUGAGGAAAUCCCCAUGCUCGAAGAGCGCAUCCAGUGUCUACGUGAAGCGGGUAGAGUACUAUGUACGGACUUUGAUGGAAGCUUCGUGAAUUGUGUCUAUAGCGCUAACUAUUCGGCCGCGGCUCUUGUUAAUCUCCUGGUGGAGAGCUUCCCUUGUUUCCGCGAUGAGACGGCGUUUCAUGGGCGCAGAGUACGGCUGUACAAACGCGCUCAAAUUCUUGUAGCAGAUCUGUGGGCUUGCUUCAAUGGUGAAAGCUAUGGAGAGUUUCACGAUAUCGACAAGAUCACGAUGUUCGCCGACUACCGUAUCCCUCAGAUGCUCCAUGAGCUUGGUUGUCUUCUAUAUUCACCAUCUUUGGAAAGCCACAUCCGAGAUAAAAAGUUAAUACCCAGUGGUUCGAACUGGGAAAUUGAACUCCGUGCAACAAGCAUCUGGUGUGUUGAGUUGCUUCGGCGAGAAAUCAAACGUCAGCAUCCAGAAUUGAAGAGGCAGAAGCUCUUGGAAAGGAAAUCGGUCCAGCAGUCAGAAGACGAAGUCACACCCGCCAACGACAAAGGAGAGCCUACCACGCAACAACACGCCGAACAGAUAAGCACUAAUGGGUCAUCGGCCUUUGGAGUCAAUGCGAUAUUGAUCGAUUUCUUCUUAUAUGAUACGAUCAAGGAUCUUGAGAGAGACGGCCGCGAAACAAUUCCCCAUCACCGAACGAGAAGCAUUUGGUAUUAA